CCUGGCGGCUGACAGUUUUAAUAUGCGAUAGCGAAAAUGACGUGGUGUGGUUAUAAGUUUGUUUAAUUGGUAUUUACAAAUGUUUUUAUCUAAAUAAACUACAAAUAUCUUGUUUAUAAUAAUAUAUCUUCAAAAUGAUUGAAAUAACAGACACACAAAAAAUUGGAGUCGGCCUGGCUGGGUUCGGCAUGACAUUCCUUUUCCUCGGUGUCUUACUGCUGUUUGAUAAGGGUCUGCUAGCGAUCGGUAAUAUUCUGUUUAUCAGCGGCCUGGCCUGUGUGAUCGGUCUACAGAGGACAUUUUUUUUCUUCUUCCAACGGCACAAAGUGAAGGCAUCCGUAGCAUUUUUUGGUGGCAUCAGUAUAGUGUUGCUGGGUUGGCCCAUGAUAGGAAUGAUAGCGGAAAUGUAUGGAUUCCUAUUACUGUUCAGAGGCUUCCUGCCGGCCGCUGUCAACUUCCUCAGGAUGGUGCCUGUUCUGGGUUCAUUGUUGAAUUUACCGAUAAUAAGGGGGAUAGUUGAUCGGAUAGCCGGGGACAAUGGCCGCAACAUGGCAGGUGCUUUAUAAGAAGACAUUGGGCGAAGAAAUUCCUUAAAUAUUUUCGAUCUAAUUCUUUUUCAAACAAUGUAACGGCUGUACAAAUGAAAAUAAAAA